GUUAAAUUGACAUUGUUUUGACAAUGACAUGUAAUGACAUUUGACAUCUAUUUUUAUGUUUGGGUUUUGCUGUAAUAUCUACAAAAUCGCAAUGUAUCCAAAUUGCAAAUAAAAAUCUGUCGGCUCAUUGUUCAGAGAAUACAACAAUUUACCACAAACUAUAACGUAUUAUCGUCAAUUCAUACUUCCCAGAAGCCAAUUUUUAUAUAUCUCUCUAAACUAUAAGUAUUGUAAAUAUGUCAUCAGGCCGGCCAAUAAAAUGCGUGGUUGUUGGAGAUGGAACCGUAGGAAAAACAUGUAUGCUCAUAUCAUACACCACAGACAGUUUUCCUGGAGAAUAUGUACCGACUGUAUUUGAUAAUUAUUCUGCACCAAUGGUAGUAGAUGGUAUCUCAGUAAGUCUAGGACUAUGGGAUACAGCAGGACAAGAAGAUUAUGAUAGAUUGAGGCCAUUGUCUUACCCCCAGACAGAUGUGUUCCUGAUAUGUUUCAGUGUUGCAUCACCUUCCUCAUUUGAAAAUGUUACCUCAAAAUGGUAUCCAGAAAUUAAACAUCACUGUCCAGAUGCACCUAUGAUAUUAGUUGGUACUAAAAUAGACUUACGAGAUGAUAGAGAAACUCUGAAUGCAUUAGCUGAUCAAGGACUGAGUCCAAUCAAGAGAGAACAAGGACAAAAGCUAGCAAACAAAAUCAGAGCAGUGAAAUACAUGGAGUGCUCUGCACUCACACAACGUGGACUGAAGCAGGUAUUUGAUGAGGCAGUCAGAGCAGUUCUUAGACCUGAACCUCAAAAAAGACGCCAGAGAAAGUGUCUAGUUAUGUAACCAAAAUAUUUCUAUUUGUCACAUUAGGAAUAAUAAGGUUAUAUUUGGUCAGUGAAUUUUCACUUGUUGGUAAUAUUACAUCCAUCAUGAUUUAUACUCUUUGAUUAUUCAUCAUAUUAACUCGGGCAGUCCCAGGAUUUGACAGAUAAGAAUGAAAAACUCAAUACUCCCUUAUGUGUCAAGUAUAGGUAAUUCUGGAAAUGAUGGGAAAGCUUUUAGAGAAUAUAAUAUAACGAUAAUUAUCUGUUAUAAGUACCGAGAUACUCUGAAAAAACUGAGGCAAUAGGCAAUCAGUGUGGUAGUGAGUUCAGGUGUUUUGUGAAUAUUAGUUAUGUCAAAAGACCAGAAGAAACUGGUUUUAAUUGCGUUUUUUUUUUCAAUUUCCCAUAAAAUUAGAGGGUCGCGCAUUAAUUUUGCUCUGGGCAUUAUGUUUUUGUACUGAGAAUGAAUAAUCAAGGAAUAUUAGCUUUCUAUAUUAAAUAUUUUCUGUUUCAUAAAAAAUCGUGAUCUAAUGAGUCUCAAAAACCUUUUUUCAUUUGAUUUUUAAAAUGUCAUAAUCUUCUUCCUGCUAUCUAUGUACUAGAGUCAGUAGCAUAUUAUUUAUGAAGAACAGAUUACACUAUAACACACUGAAUCCAUUAUUCAACACUUAAAGCUUAAAUAUAUUUAUAUCUUGAGUGUCAAUGAGUACAUGAGUCAAAAAAAUGCAAAUAAAAUAAUAAAUCAUAGUACUGCAAUUUAAUAACCAAUUUUUUUUUUCUACAACGAAACAAUAUAGUGGUUGAUUUAUAAAAAUUUUAAAUCGCUGAUAUCUCCUUCAUUGUUAAGGAAUUGACUUUGAGUUUUGUGUAUAUGUAUGUUAUAGUAUAUGAAUCUACGACUACACUACAGAUUAAGUCAUCACACACUGAAAUCAAACCAUACCACUUCUUAUGUAUGUAUAUAUUCCUAACUCUACUACUCCACUUCUUUUUAUAUUUCGACAGACCACAACUUUUUAAUAAAAGAAAUUCCAUUGUCAUAUUUUUGCACCGUUUAUAAAAUGAAAUUUCAUAUAAGCAGCCAAUUUUUUCGUUAUAAUGAACGAGUUGAUAAAUGAAGAGAAACUGAAAAACAUAGAUUUUAGUAAUGGAUAUAACCUCUAGGCUACAGUAUUUUUUGCAUGCAGGUUUAUGUAGUUUUAUAUAAAUAUAGUGCACUUGAAAAUAUAUCAAUUAUUAUUGUUUUAUCAACUCUGAAAUGGAGGCAGUGGUCUGUUGUGUAAAAUGUUGUAGCAUUUAUUAACAUAUUUUACCUGAAGAUAGCUAACCUAACACUAUAUCCGAGCGUCCGAAAAAUUAACCGAGGUGAAAUGAGAUACUGUAGUAUCUUCGAUGAGAAUUUGUCACAGCAGCUAUGGUGGUGUCUCGUAGGUAGUGCUGAGGCUAUAUGCUUAUAUACAGUUGGCCACAUCGCCAUCUAUGAGACACUAACCUAUUCAAAGUAGAUUUAUAUGUAUUGCAGAGAGGGGAAACACCACCCAAUAUAUCAGAGAUAAAAAAAAUUGCAUAUUUUCAAUUUACGACACCUCCCCUCCCGCUCUUCAAUUCUCAGUCUGCCAUACACCCCCUUCCCCGAGAUGGACAUCCCCUGAACAUGAAUCCUCAACACUCCACCAACACUUUUUUCAUAUGGCCCUGAUAGCUUUGACAAAUUCGCAUUGAUGAAGCUACGAUAUCUCAUUUUAUCUCCGAUGAUUCUUCGCAUGCGCGAACAUAGUAUUAAAUUUCCUAUCUUCAGGUAGAAUACGUUAAUCAAUGGUUUUACUGACAAUGAUGAUUUGAUAUUAGAAAUUUAUUACUAAUUGAUAUUGAUUUAGUAAUGGACUAUCUAAAAUUCAAGACGUUUUUGUGUGGGAAUAUCUCGUGCCUCAUUAUUUGUGAUUUUUCAAGCAUUUAAUAUUUCCUUUUAACAAGCUGUAUUUUUUACCGCUGAUCUGUAUAUUUUUAUACCGCAUUCGUGUCUCUCUUAAUGAAAACGAGUCUCUCUGAAAAUGUUUAGGUUUUAUAUAUUUUUUUCGUGCCAUGAGUUUUGUUUGUUAUACGAUGGUAUCAUAUCAGACUACAGAUAUUUACAUAAGUAAUAAACUCAAUAUCGAGAAUCUCCAGUAGAUGUGGUAUAUAGGCCUGUAAAAUUCUAAUAGUUGUUUCUUUUUAUUUUUGGUAUGGUACCAUUGACUUUUUAAAAUAGACUAGUAGUUUAUAAUAUUAUAUUUAAAAUGUGUACUGAUUAGCUUGCUUUAAAAAUAGAUUAGGGUUUUUAAACAGUCAAAUAUUGCUCGACAAAACAUUUAAGACACAUUUUCCUAUCUCUUAGACGAAUGUCACACGUUCAGUAAUUACUGUGAUCUGUCAGUAUUCAUCACAGAAUGUCUGUAAUUAUUGAUGCUUAUAGGUUAUGUAGCAAUCAACGACCCUGAUGGAAUCAUCAGUAAAUGAUCAAUAAAUGCUAAUGGUACUGCCCAAAUACUGAUUAUGUGACAUUCACCAUAAAGCAUUUUUAUCAUGUAAGAUAACUUGGAUGUUUUGUGCCAUAUUGACUGUGUUUUAAAGUGUGGCCAUUGACUUGGAUAUUGUAGCAAGUUUCAGAGUUCUUGAAGAGUAUCACCCUAAUUGUAUUUAAAAUUUACUUUUUGAAAUGUUACUGACAACACGACCGCUCAUAUAGCAAAAUCCAGGGGAGGUGCAUGUUUGGUUUACAGGAUGUGCAGGAUCAAAAAUGCUGAGAACUAGUCAACCUGGUGGGGCGGGGCAACUAUUCAAAAUGGUAGCAGAAAUAAUAUCUUCUAUGUUAGAAUAUUCUCACACGCCACCUCUUGCCCAAGGAUUUGGUAUCUUAUUAAGAAAACUUCACUUUGAAUCAGAAUCCAGCCCCCCCCCCCCCAAUGGGCGCUCAUGGUUACUGAUAUAGUUUCAACCCUCAGGGCGGUAAAUAUGACAAUGUCAAAGAUUUCCAAUUUGAAAUACUGUAACACCACAGUAUGUAUAUUCAUUAUUUGUAUGACGACAAAGCUGUGCAUGCACUAUUUCAUCUUUACCUUAUAGGCACACAUGGCCCAGCUUGAUAGUGGUCCUCAAAUGCAGAAUAAAAUAAAAAGGUAUUUCAAAAAAGUGUUGCUGCUUCUCAAUUUCCCUCAUUGGCAAAGUAUAUUUCUUUCUGGAUUAGAACUGUUUUAGCUGCAAGCUCCCUGUGCCUAUUGCCCCAUUCAUAGCUUAAGAUGGCGCUGCUCAUAGAAUGUUAAUGCGCUUCAAUAAUCCAACUGAAUGGACACAGAGAUUUUUUAUACUAACAUCUUUUUAUAAGACCAAAGUAUAAUUUUACUUCUAGUCACUUUUUUCAGCACAAUUUCCUGGUCAUUUUUUAAUAUGCCCAUAUAAUGCAGCAUUGUUUAUGUAAAAUCACACUUUCUGAUAUUCAAUAAAGAUGUGUAUUCGCAAUCUACUGCAUUUUCUGUCAUUCUAAAUAAAGUCAGCCCAUUUUCAGUGUAAGAAGAAAUUUUAAGGAACUGUUUUUUGUGCAGAAAAGAUAUUGAUUUAUGAAAGAUCCUGCAGUGUGACUCCUGUUAAG